AUGUUUAAAAUAAUAAAAGGAAACAAUGUUUUAUCACAUUUCAAAGGAUUCUGGUGCUCACAGAAAAACUUUUAUGGGCUACAUAAAAUUCUUCAGAUAUCCGUCAAGCCACAAGAGUCUAGCAGUAUAGAAUCUUCAAAACGAGAGCCUGUGACUGUUGGAAUUACUCCAACAAAUGCGCCUAUAUCCGGUGAAAUAUUUCCUACCACAUCGACACGAGUAGUUCCCAUGUUGUUAGCGAAAAGAGAGCCUGUAGUUUUACCUUUCGAUGAAGUCCCGGGACCAGCAAGUUUGAAAUUCUUGGCCAGAACCCGAUACUAUUUGUCUGAAGUAGGCACACAACUCACUGCAGGAGCCCUAACGCUGGGACUAAACAUCGGAGCGUAUAUAAGUAACAGAAAACCUACUAGACUGCUAUCCAGUUUGUUUGACGAGUACGGUCCUAUCGUCCGAUUUGUGAGUCCCAUAGGCGGGGACAUAGUCCUAAUCAACCACCCAGAACAUAUUCAGAAGGUGUUUUCCAUGGAAGGGGACCGCCCAGUUAGAUCAGCACUCGACUCUCUAGAUAAAUACAGAAAACUACACAGAAAUACCAUUUUGGGAGGACUGUAUAACUUGCAAGGUGAAGACUGGCAUCGUCAUCGGGCCAUAGUUACUGAGCCUCUAAAGAAUGCCAUAGCCAAGCAUAUGGACGGUUUAGAUGAGAUAUCAGAAAACUUCGUGAAGAAGAUGUACAAUUCAAGGGAUUAUCAUGAUGAGUUGACCAAAGAUUUGUAUAAAGAAAUCCACAAGUGGACUUUCGAUUGCAUGGGAUUAUUGAUAUUUUCAAAAAAGUUUUCAAUGCUGUCUACGGACGUAGUAUAUAGCCAAUGCGACAUGUCCUGGCUUUACCAUAGUCUCGAGAAAUCCACCGAGGCGUUGCUAAAGUGCGAGUCAGGCUUACAAAUGUGGAAGCUCUUACCCACACCAUCAUGGAACUCUCUCGUUAAGAACUGUGAUAGCUUAGACAAUUUGAUCGGAAAACAAGUAAUGGAGUCAGAACAACAAUUGACUUAUGCAGACAAAUGUGAAGAUAUCAAGAAUUUGAGCAUGAUCAAUGCUUUGUUAGUCAGUGAUGACAGAAUGACACCAGAGAACGUAGCCACAAUUGUAAUGGAUAUGCUCUUGAUUGGGGUAAAUACGAUAACUUCGUCGAUGUCAUUCUUGCUUUAUUAUUUGGCAAAGCACCAGAAAGUACAAAAGACACUUAGUCAGGACAUAGAUAGACUCACAGACAAGUAUUUUCAAAAUAUGGAGAAAGUUAAAGAAGAAACUCCUUAUCUGCAAGCUUGCAUAAAAGAGACUUUGAGAUUAACACCUCCGAUUCCAGUGUUGACCAGAAUCCUUCCGAAAAAUAUAACAUUAGAUAGUUACAACAUACCUCGCGACACCUUGAUCAUUAUGUCGACUCAAGAUGCUUCAUUGAAAGAGAGUAACUUUGAUGACGCCAAUAAGUUCUGCCCAGAGAGAUGGUUGACGUCCGACGCUUCGGAUUACCACGCUUUCGCAUCUAUUCCCUUUGGGUUUGGAGUAAGGAGAUGCCUAGGACAGAACAUUGCUGAGACCCUGAUGACUAUUUUGUUAACUAAGACAUUACAAAGAUUUAAGCUUGAAUACCACUAUGGGGACAUCCAGCCUACAAGGACCUUCAUAGUAAAACCAAACAAGCAGUUGAAAAUAAGGUUCAUUGACAGAAUGUAAAUUAGUACACUGGUUUUAUUUAGGUAACUAUUAGAACAUUGGGUCUGUUUCCAGCAAACAUCAUGUAAUUUCUAGUUAUACCUGUCAUUCUUAUCCGCCGAAUGGGAAAGGGACGGGUAAUCGACAGAAUUAAGUUGACAGUAGACGUCAGUUGCAUAUCAGCAAGAUGCUCAUUUGAUUAGCCCGUGUUAUUCACUCGUUCAUCAUAUUAAAAUAAGCGUCUGUUUAUCAUCCGUUCCUUACCACUUCGGCGGAAAUAGGUGUUUGCAGGAGUCAGAGCCAUAAUGAUAUACAAAUUAUAAUUUAUAUAAUAGUUCUAAUGUUCGAAACCGCGUUUGAUAAGUAAAACCAAGUAAGUGUAUAAACACAGCCUAUAUACUUCACACUGUUGGGCACAGGCAUCUCCUCAAUUAACUGAAGGGGGUAUGGAUAAUACUCCACCACACUAUGUAGUCACACUAUGUAGUGUAAAAAUGUAUACUGUCAAUAUACUGAAACAUAGGUUGAGAAAUUAAAAUUUCACUUAGAAUACUCCACCACACUACGUAGUGUAAAAAUGUAUACAGUCAAUAUACUGGAACAUAGGUUGAGAAAUUAAAAUUUCAC